AUGGUGCGUGGGUCUGUUGUAUCUGGAUUCGAGCGGUUGAUGAACAUUAUUAAUGGUUUUGAGAUUCCUGUUGACUCAGCAUCUGGAUCAAGGAGAAAAUUUUAUUCGAGAGACAUUAAAAAAUUAUCUCUAAUGUUGCCUACUUACCUCCAGGACAGUGGAUUUUUUGAUCAUUUCGAGAGAACUGAUUGGUCAUCUCUUGAUGCUUAUAAGGACAAGGAAACUGGAAGUCUAUUGGAACCAAAACACCCUUUUCUUGUUGAAUAUGUACAAGACAUUAUUCAACAAGGAAGCGACACACUGGAUUGUGGUUUGUUUGAGGCCGCCUUUGCUGAAUUCCUUAGCGAUGAAAUUCCAAUCCAAUCCAAUAAUCUCCGUUCUGAUUAUCUCCGGUCAAGAUACGCAGCAUUGCUAUGGAAUUACGGCAGUGAAAAGGCUGAAGCUGGAUACGUUAGUGAUAAUGACGAUCCAUCAAAGUCUAGGGGUCAUUUCACACCACCAAACCAUGAUGCGUUGGUUAACCAAUAG